AUGUCUGUUCCUCCCACCGUCCCCCAGGCUUCAUCGAUGCCCAUCUGUCCCAGUGCCUUGCAGCCUGGUCAAGACCGGAAAAGGAUCAACUGCAGCCCCGGCAGGACCCUCACAACCACAGACAUAAUGGCAGAUGAAAGCUUUCAGAAGGAGUUCCUGGAGACUCACAAUGCCUACAGGGCGAUGCAUGGUGCGCCGCCACUGACGCUCAGUAGCGACAUGAAUGAUUCAUCUCAGAAAUGGGCCGAUCACUUGGUGGAGCUCGGUACCUUAAAACAAAGCGAUACAAAACAUGGAGAGAACAUCUACUACAUGAUGGGCUCCGGGGCCAUGACAGGGAAAGGAGCUGUGGAUGCGUGGUACAGUGAGAUCAAAGACUACAACUGGAGCAGUCCUGGGUUCGGCAUGAACACUGGGCAUUUUACUCAGGUGGUUUGGAAAGAAACCACUAAACUGGGCGUGGGUGUCGCCUCUGUUGGUGGCAAGGUUUAUGUGGUCGCCCAAUAUUCUCCACCUGGCAACAUGAACAUGCCGGGAUACUUCGAGAAAAACGUCCUUGAGAAAGUGGAACAGAGGAACCACGUCAGUGCUGCGCCUCGUCUGGAGAACAUCUCCACAUCCAACCAGCCGGGGAAAGGUAUCUGA